CAUCGCGAAUGGAGAAUGGAGGAUGAUCAAUGGCUGUGUCGUAGAACUGCGGAGCUAUGCAGAAAGUGAGAAGAUGGCACCUCGAUCUUAACGAUUCUCUUGCUACCUGAUGUCACUCCGAUAAUUCAUUCUCUCAUCCAAGGAUCAGUUGAAUCUCCAUUCCUUUCCUGCGAAUCCUCUCUCUUCGGCGGCGAUUCGCAAUGUCGGAUACGGAUACGGAUACGGAUACGGAGACGGAGACGAAGGCGGAGGCGGAGGUGUAUGACGCGUCGAUGCAGGUGAAGGAGUUGAGAGAAAGUUUUGCCUCCGGAAAGACUCGGUGCUAUAAGUGGAGAGUUUCGCAGCUUGAGAGUCUCUUCAAGCUUAGCGUUGUUCACGAGGAAGAUAUCUGCGAUGCGCUUCGCUCUGACCUAUCCAAGCCUGUGAUGGAAGCCAUUAUUCAUGAGAUAGCUUUGUUGAAAAAUUCAUGUAAAUUGGCACUUAAAGAACUCAGGCGUUGGAUGACGCCAGAAAAGGUUAAAACUUCAAUUACCACAUUUCCUUCGUCUGCUGCAAUUGUACCAGAACCUCUGGGUGUUGUCCUGAUCAUUUCUGCUUGGAAUUAUCCAUUCUUAUUAUCUCUUGAUCCAGUUGUUGGAGCAAUAGCAGCUGGUAAUGCUGUGGUUCUAAAGCCAUCAGAAAUUUCCCCAGCAACAUCAUCUUUAAUGGCAAAACUUGUAGGGAAAUAUUUGGAUACUUCUGCUGUAAAAGUUAUUGAGGGUGCUACUUCCGAAACUUCUGCUUUGCUGGAGCAAAAAUGGGACAAAAUAUUUUACACAGGCAGUGGAAGAGUGGGGCGUAUAGUUAUGGCAGCUGCUGCCAAGCACCUUACACCAGUCGUUUUGGAGCUUGGAGGAAAAUCUCCAGUAGUAGUUGAUUCACAAAUCAAUUUACAAGUCGCGUGUAGGCGGAUUAUUGCUGGUAAGUGGGGUUGCAACAAUGGGCAAGCAUGCAUUGCUCCUGAUUAUAUCAUAACUACGAAAGGAUUUGCUCCAAAAUUGGUGGAGACUCUGAAACAAGAACUGGAGAGAUUUUAUGGAAAGAACCCUAUGGAAACUAAAGAUUUGUCUCGCAUUGUGAAUGCUAACCACUUUGCUCGCUUGUCAAAGCUCUUAGAUGAUGAUAAGGUUUCUGGCAAGAUUGUGCAUGGAGGUGAAAGGGACAAAGCCAAAUUACAGAUUACUCCGACCCUCUUAUUGGAUGUCCCUCGAGACUCUCUGAUUAUGACGGAGGAGAUCUUCGGUCCCUUGCUUCCUAUUCUCACGGUCGACAAAGUGGAGGAUAGCUUCGAAGUAGUGAACUCGGGCACAAAGCCACUUGCAGCAUAUUUAUUUACCAACAACAAGAGGCUCAAGGACCAGUUCGUAGCUUGCAUCUCUGCAGGGGGUGUGGCCAUCAAUGACACCACCUUACAUCUGACAGUUAGCACACUACCAUUUGGAGGAGUUGGGGACAGUGGAAUGGGAUCUUACCAUGGGAAGUUCUCAUUUGAUGCAUUUAGCCAUAAGAAGGCUGUUCUUUAUCGAAGCUUCACAGGCGAUGCGCCGAUGAGAUACCCGCCGUACACGAAGGGAAAGCUAAGAAUUCUCAAGGCUCUUCUUGGAGGUGACAUAUGGGGUCUCAUUCGUGCUCUUUUUGGGUGGUCAUAGGCACAUCUUCUUUGCUCUUAAGCUUUUUUUUUUUUCAUUGUGUGGAGUUAGGAUCUUAAUAAGUUCUAUAUAUUACUAUGAUCUAUGAAAGUCAACAAGGUUAGGAUAGAGAAGGAAGUUAAUUAUUGUUUAUGCAAACUCUAAAAAAACACUUGGGAAAUUAAAGUUAAGUUUUCUUUUGUUUUCCA